AGCCUUGUACCAUGUGACCUCUGUGAUCAUUCACAGAUUUCACACGUAGUAAGCAAUGAUGUUAGAAGUGACAUCUUGCUUACUACUUUGCAUGUGAUCACUGAUUGGCCAAUCAGUGAUCACAUGAUUGGGACCUCGUACAGAGGUCCCGUCCGACGAUCGGUGUUUUCACUGUGUCUGGAAGACACAGCGGGCACCGGAUCGCGGUGCUGAACGCUCCCAGGGAGCACACACAAGCAGGGUGCGGGGAGGCCAUUUAUAAACGGCAACCCGACCCUGCAACGGCCACCCGACCCUGCAGUGCCACCGUCCGGCCGUUUAUAUACAA